AUGGCCACUUUCGGCGACCCUCUGGGUACGCAGAGGAAGCUCCAGGUUUUGGACGCAGAUGGCGCUCCCAUCCAACCGCAAUCCACAAGAGCAGGUCCGGACAGUAGCCAGGAAGACUUCACUGAGAACAAUCAUCGCGGCGAUUCGGAGGCUGAGAGAGACACGGAUGCUGGCUGCGAAGCCGACAGUGGCGAACAAGACAUCCAGUCACCUACUUUCUCUUCCGGCAGACGCAUCCAGGGCCAUAUCGAAGAACAAGACGUCCAUUCAUCCGCUAGCCAAUCGAAUACCCCUUUCAUAAAUGAGGAUCUCUCCUGCCAUCGACUUCGAGUCAUCCUACAGCAGCCCUCAGCUGGACUGCUCCUGGCAUUGGCCACUGUACUUACCAUCGCCGGCAAAAGCCAAGACCGGCCCCAAGUGCACUCCGCCGCGGGAGAUGGCAAGCUCCUCAGGAGCAUUGACCCCCAGUCACCCGUAUUUCAGGUCGUGUGCGGGACAGCAAGCACCUACCUCAAAGGAGACCUUUCCACUCAUGAUCGUACUGACCGCAAAGAUCAGAUCCCUGGCCUAGUAUCUCUCGACAAACGCGAACUGAAGCUUGGGAGGAAAGUGUUUCCAGGUCAGCUCGUACAUACGACACUUCCAAAGGACAAGUCCCCAGUCUAUCUCAGCCUAAAGGGGAUUCCCUCAGUCCGACUCAGAGAGAAGCACGCUGCCUUUCAGUCAGCUUUGCAGGCCAACAGCUGUUCUUUACAGACCUUGGAGUUCUCAGCUCGAGAACAGGGCAAUCCACUUUUGGUGUUCGCAGACGAGGACGGAAUCGGACAUGGCUAUUGGUCUUGCACUUUCGUCCGAAAUGCGAUUGAGCCCCUCAUCAUCACAGGUCGAGCUAUUCAACCUCAGGAGAUUGACUUGGCCCAAAUGCUACGUGCCAUCAACACCGACUCUCUCGCAGACAGCGUAGUCAUCCUGAGGGGCGCCGACUGUCCAUGGGAGCAGAAUGAGCUUGCCUGCGCCCCAUACUGGCUAGAGGCAAGUGCCGCUGACCUGUAUACACAGAGCCUCAACAGCAUUGUCGAGCCCCUGUGCACUGUACAUGCAACUAGCCCUGAUCCGGUGGCGGAGACUGAGCUGACACAAUCCUUGAGUCACCAUCAAGCUCUUCUUGCAGCCCUAACGAACAGUACGCGCCCCUCCACCUUGAUGUCUACUGUUAAGACGAGAAAACGCCAGGCUCCCACACCUCUCGCGCUAGUCUGCACCAAGCGAUCCCGCCACGGACGUGACUCGACGCCAGCUCGAAACGCCACAGCUAAGACUGACGCUGCCGUACGACUCAUUCAGGUGCAAGAUUAUGCCGCUGACACAGCGAGAGCGCCGAGUGGCUUGGGAGACGUCGUCUCUACCACAGAUACCAGCUGGGGCCGUCCACCGCCGUCCCGUUCAAUCCCGGGCUCAAAGAAUGCUCAAGCCUUUCCCGCAACUGCAAUUCCCCCAACAGGAUCUGCUACGGUCUUCUCGUAG